GAGACACUCUCCUCUUGCAGGUGCUUGCCCCGCUACCUCUCCAGAGCGGCAAACAGCCGAAGGUUAUUUGUGCUGUCACGGGGGCAGAACAUAGACACGUAGCAUUGCAGAGAGGGAAUUAAAAAAAAAACACACAAAUUGUCAUGGCUUCCUCAAUGAAAAACAUAGUCAGCACAGAAAAGGCACCACAAGCCAUCGGUCCCUACAGUCAAGGUUUGCUGAUCAACCAGACGCUAUAUGUCUCUGGACAGGUUGGUAGAGAUCCUACAAGUGGAAAGCUUGUGUCAGGAGGGUUGGCAGAAGAAUUUAAACAGGCUCUUGUAAAUGUGGGAGAAAUUCUCAAGGCUGGAGGCUGUGACUUCAGUAAUGUGGUAAAGAGUACCAUUCUACUGGCUGACAUAAAUGACUUCAGUCUUUUUAAUGAUGUCUACAAGCAAUUUUUUAAGGGUAGUUUUCCAGCCAGAUCUACCUACCAAGUUGCUGCUUUGCCUCUUGGAGCUCAUAUGGAAAUUGAAGUGAUAGCUGUGCAGGGGCCACUUACUUGUGUCUGAUUACGAAAAGAAGUCUCAUCUGUGCUGACACUGGCAUUUGGGCUGGGACCACCAUGGUUCAUCUUCUUCUAAUUUUAGCAGUUUUUGUCCAAAAUCCUCAGCUUUAACAAAAUGGCAUUUCAGUGAUUAACUUUAGAAGUUGUCCCAAGUCAGGGGUAAAAACAGAAUUAAAGUUAUCACAGCUUUAAAUUGGAAAACAGAGAGCCAAACAGAAAUAAGAAAUCAGCCAUCAAAGAUGUUUAAGGUAUUGUAAAGAUUACAGAUUGGGAGGAGAUGGGGGGAGCCUUGGAACAGUGUUUAAAUAGCUUCACUCACAUGCCCUGCCACUUAUCCUGAAGGAUAAAGAGUUGUCAUAGUACCAUUGAUACAAGGCUUCUUAGCUUUUUGGGGGUCAUGGACCCUUUCGGUACUCUGCUGAUCCCUGUAGACCCCUUCUUUGAGUAAAGAGGGUUGUUUACAUUAAUAAUAGGGAAAUGCUAAGAGUUAGAAGUUAGUGAAAAUAAAGAUAUAAUCUCUUUCCCUACUCAUUUGCCCAGGAGGCCCUUAGGAGUCCAUGGUCCCCAAGUUAAGAACCCCUGCAGUAGGAGAAAUAUGACAUAGUGGAAAGAGCUCAGAUUUGGGAUUUGGAAGUACUACAUUUGAAUGCCAGUUCUGCCACUUACUGUCCAUGUGACCUUGGACAAAUCACUGAACCGUAGUUUCCUCAUCUCAAACUCACUGGCCCUCAGUUUCUUCUUCUGUAAAAGGGAUUAUAUGGCCUUCGAUGUCCCUUUGAAUUCUAAAUCAAUGAGCUGUGAAAUGGGGAUAAUAAUUCCUGUCAUUCUUCUAUCAUAGUUAGUCAUGGGGAUCAAGUUAUAUGACAUUUAAAUUACCUCGUAAACUAAGAUGCUCCUUGAAUCGGUUGUUAGUAUUAGAAGACAGGAAGGAAGUCAGUGCUUUCCUCUGGACAGAAUUAUAGAAUGGUGGCCAAAGUGGAACUCCCAGAGAGGUAUACCAAAAGUAGGAGAUACUGUCCAAAUACCCACUUAACCAAUGCCCCAUGUAUUCUGGGAGACUUUAUUGUUUUUCAGUCUUGUUCAUCAGAUAAUUUAUCUAAUGAUAUUUAUAUAUUUACAUUAUAAAAUCUGGGAUCAAAAUGUGGAUUUCAUCAUGUUAUAUGUCAUUUAUAUCAUAUCAUUUAUUAGUCAUAUUACUUAUGGUACCUACCUCUGACUUAAUACAAUGCUAAAUAAAAAGCAAAGAAAAAU